AGCUGUAAGUUUAAUUGAUUAACAUAUGUAAAAUGAGUUUUGACGUUUUAAGUUUUAUUGUUUUAAAUACAUCUCAUAUGUGGUUAUUUAUUGUUGUCUAGCAGUCUAAUAUAACUUUUUUUUUUAAUUAAAAAUGCAGGAUUCUAUAGAAGAUUAUAUAAAACUCUCAACUAAUGUUAAACCAGAUGAGCCCGUUAAAACAAACAAAGAUGUUCAGAUAACUGCACAAAGGAAGAAAGAAUGUGAUAUGAGGGCUAUGAAAAUUGUUGAAUUUUCCAUUGAAGGAAAAUUACGACCAGAAAUUUUUACAAGAUGUCUUCCUUUCAUCGAUCAGUCUCAUUACCAAGACAUAGUAGAAGAAAGAGCUAUUACAAAACUAUGUGGUUAUUCACUUUGUGGCAAGAGGAUCCCAGACAUGCCUAAAAAACGAUAUUACAUUUCCACAAAAAGUAACAAAGUUUAUGAUAUUACAGAUCGUAAGAACUACUGCAGCAACUUUUGUUACAAAGCCAGUUUACAUAUUAAGAAUCAGAUAGACAACAGCCCUUUGUGGUUGCGAAAAUUCGAAGACAUACCAGAAUACCAAUUAAUGGAAUCUACUGAGGGAGGUUUGCCGGGUGAAUGUAUUGACCAGGGGAUAGUAAAAGCUUUAGUAGAACCAGCUUUUGCUUCUAUUUCCAUGUUUACUGAAGUCUCUUUAAGAGAUAUCGUUGACAAAGAGAAAGGCAAAGAAAAACUAAGUCGAGGUACUAGUUAUAGGAAAUCAUCAAAGUUAUUAAAAUCCACAAUGCAAACGAUAGCAGAAAACUCGGAACAAGUUGAAGAAGAAGAAACUAUAGCUGAGAAACCAUUGAGUCUGAAUAAGAACAAUUCAAAAUGUAAUAUUAAGAAAUUCGAGCAUUCCAAUUCUUUAAGUACUUUGCCUGUUAUUGACGAAAAUGAAGAAAAAUUCGAGAAAACCGAAUUGGAUGAGAAUAUUAGAAAGAAUGUCGAACCUGUUAAGUCGUUUAGUAAAAAAUCCAAGAAAAAAGGCACAAAAUCUCAAAAAAUGGAUAUAGAGUUCUUAAUUAAUAAAGCUCUCAAAGAAUGGUUGACUUUAGAAUCCUUUAUUUUCAUUCAUGGAGAGACAAAAGUGAAAGAAAUACUGAACGAGAAAAAACUGAGCGACUAUUUCGAAGAGCUAAAUAUUACAGAGCUUCAAAGGGACCAACAGUUAAAAUAUAUGAAUAUUUGUAAAAGACUACAAUUGCAAGAAAUGGCCGAUGAGAAAUUUGAUAAUGUCGUGGUCGGUAAUACAAAAAUAAAGCCCGUUCCAGAUUACAAAAAAUUAAAAGACGAGAAUAAGGACUUGGAUCUGAAAGUUAAAUGUUUUUACAGUGGAGUAUUGCAUGAAAGAGAGGACACUAACUUCCCAACAGCAAUAAAUAAAAAAAGUGAUGUAGGCGACGAGGGAGGCCCCCCAGCAGUUUUACCGCUAGUUGAUGUAAACUCGCAAAAUGCAAUGAGGAGGAAAAUUUUCCUGACUUCUAUUAAUAAAUCCAUGCACCAACUGCUUCAGGCACUGAAUGUCGCCAAUUUCUCUGCGAUACUCUCCGAUCUUCAAACCCUAGUGCGAACUUUCAAUUUAAAGGCUGAUAAUAUAGUUUUUAAACCUACCAUAUGGAAUUUCAUCACAAUCGCAUUACUAAACAUACUAUCAAUACGUGAUAAGAACAUUAAGAAUAUGUUAGAGGAAAAACAAAAUCAAAGGUAUAUCGAACUUCAACUGAAUUCCUUACCAAGCAAGGCUAAGUUUAUCUGUGAAAUAUCGGCAAUGAUACAGAAUAUCGAUUUAUUUGUUGAAACCUAUAUAUCUUCCAAGUAAAUGUGAUUUUGUUUUUAUUUAAGUUACUUAAAUAUUAAUAAGUAAUAAAUAUUCCAGCAACCAUG